AUCCCUUUUUCUGGCAUAGCCUCAUCGCGGUAGCAGAAGACCCCGUGGCUUGUGCGUGGGGAGCACAGCACUGGCCGGCGGCUUCUUGGGAGCUUAAUCGGAGCUGCGCUCGGCCCCUCUGCAAAGCACCUUUCCUCCCGUGCUCGCUCUCUCCCCCCUUGUUCUUUUUGCUGCUGCCGCCGCCGCCGUCGCAGCUUCCAGGAUGUCGGAGAAGCCCGCGGAGGAGGCUCCGGUGGAGCUAGGGGCCAAGGACCUGAAAGAAAAGAAGGAGAAGCAUGAGGAGAAGCCUGCCCGCAAAGAAAAGAAGGAGAUAAUAGAGGAUGAUGAAAACGGAGCUGAGGAAGAGGAAGAAGAGGAAGACGCAAAUCCUGAGGAUGUGGACGAUGAAGAUGAAGAAGAGGAAGAUGACGAGAACGAACAGCAGCCAGACUCGCAUGCUGUAAAACGAUCUGCGGAGAAGAAGCAGGAAGAGGAUGAAGUAGACCCGAAGAGAAAGAAAACAGAAAAUGGCUCUUCCGCUUGAGCCCUUCUCCCCCAGCCAGAUCUUCCUAUCCACCAUCCCAUCUGUCCUUCACCUGUGCAAGCACCCACUGCAGGUGCUGUGGUCACAUAGGAGGAGGGUUUACAUGCGUUUCUCAACAAGGACAGAGGAAGCUGAAGAUGGCUUUUCCCCAGCCCCAAGAUCUGUUCCAUGUUACAGUGCUCCCUACAGCUACUGAUCCUCCCUCUGCCCUCCAGUCAAAUAUCCCCAAUACCUAGAAAUACUGUUUCCUACUUCCUCUUUCUGAGCAACCCUUCAAAAAUUGCUGCCUAUCUGAGAUCCUUACACGCCUCUGCUUUUGACACAUCUUCUCUUGCCCUGGACAAAUGUUUCUCUUUCCCCUUCUUUUUUUGGCCCCUUACAGAAUUCCACAGAUGUGUGGACAUUUUAUGGUGCUGAAAGGGUUACAUUGAGUCCAGAGUACGGGAAGUAAGACAGGCAGGGAAUCCUGCAGUGAUUUGAUCCUGUCCUGUGCCUGUUCCCCUUUUCAUUGCUGGGAAAAGGCAACUCUCUCUAUAUACACACACAAAUGUGUUUUUAAGUAAAACAUAGACAAGAUUUUCAUUAUUACUACUUUUUUGUACAAAUUGACAAGGCAGGCAGCAAGCUGGAUCUGGUGGAUUUUUUUUCUUCCAGAAAGCAAAGCUUGUUUUUAAUGUGUAAAGUAAUAUUGUGAUUCAGUGUGUAUAUUCUCAUUUUGGGUUUUUUUUUUUUUUUUUUUUAAAUAAUAGGGACCAAAUUUUGAUUUCUCCCUUGUCGCUUUCAAGGGUCUUAGUUGUUUUCGUUUGUAAAUUAAAGCAGACCCCAUCUGCAGUAUUUUCUAUGGCACAGACAUUAUGAGGAUGAGAAAUAUAAAUAUAUAUAUUGUUUAGCACUGUAAAUAAAAACCUUUCAAAAAGA